CUCCGCCCGCACUUCCGCAGUCGAGACGCACACGCAGUGCGUCAUGGCGGGCCGGGGCCGAUGAUGAAUUCCGGUGUUGCCUGUCAGGGUUGCUGUGUCACUCGGCCCGCUCGGCGCGCCCCUUCCCGGCCGCCCUUCCGCGCCGGCACUCGGGCUCUUCCGGUGUGCGACGGCCCCUCACCUGCAGGCCCCUGUCCAGCCGCGGGCCGGCGCACGCCCUGCCCGGCCCCCCGCCCCGCGCAGUCCCCUCGCGAGGUGCCCGCGCCCGGGCGCCCCGACUCUCCAGGGCUAUGGCGAGCGGCGCCUCCCGCUACCGGCUGAGCUGCUCGCUCUCGGGCCACGAGCUGGACGUGCGGGGCCUGGUGUGCUGCCUCUACCCGCCCGGGGCCUUUGUGUCUGUGUCCCGGGACCGCACCACCCGCCUCUGGGCCCCGGACAGUCCUAACAGGGGCUUCACAGAAAUGCACUGUAUGAGCGGCCACUCCAAUUUCGUAUCUUGUGUAUGCAUCAUACCUUCAAGUGACACAUACCCUCAUGGAUUAAUCGCCACUGGAGGAAAUGACCACAAUAUUUGUAUUUACUCACUGGACAGUCCAGCACCACUCUAUAUACUAAAAGGUCACAAAAAUACUGUUUGUAGUCUUUCAUCUGGAAAAUUUGGGACAUUACUUAGUGGCUCAUGGGAUACCACUGCUAAAGUCUGGCUAAAUGACAAAUGCAUGAUGACCUUACAGGGUCAUACAGCUGCAGUAUGGGCUGUAAAAAUCUUACCUGAACAAGGCUUAAUGUUAACUGGAUCAGCAGACAAAACUAUUAAACUAUGGAAAGCUGGUAGAUGUGAGAGAACUUUUUCAGGACAUGAAGACUGUGUAAGGGGCUUGGCAAUUUUGAGUGAAACAGAAUUUCUUUCCUGUGCAAAUGAUGCUAGUAUUAGAAGGUGGCAGAUCACUGGCGAAUGUCUUGAAGUAUAUUAUGGACAUACAAAUUAUAUUUAUAGCAUAUCUGUCUUUCCAAAUUGUAAAGAUUUUGUGACAACAGCAGAAGACAGAUCUCUGAGAAUCUGGAAACAUGGAGAAUGUACUCAAACAAUUCGACUUCCUGCUCAGUCUAUAUGGUGCUGCUGUGUGCUGGACAAUGGUGAUAUCGUGGUUGGUGCAAGUGAUGGUAUUAUUAGAGUGUUUACAGAAUCAGAGGAUCGAAUUGCAAGUGCUGAGGAAAUCAAGGCUUUUGAAAAAGAACUCUCUCAGGCAACCAUUGAUUCCAAAACUGGUGACUUAGGGGACAUUAAUGCUGAACAGCUUCCUGGGAGGGAACAUCUAAAUGAACCUGGUUCUAGAGAAGGUCAGACUCGUCUAAUCAGAGAUGGAGACAGAGUUGAAGCCUAUCAGUGGAGUGUUAGUGAAGGAAGGUGGAUAAAAAUCGGUGACGUUGUUGGUUCAUCAGGCGCUAAUCAACAAACAUCUGGAAAAGUCUUAUAUGAAGGAAAAGAAUUUGAUUAUGUUUUCUCAAUUGAUGUUAAUGAAGGUGGACCGUCUUAUAAAUUGCCUUAUAACAUCAGUGAUGACCCCUGGUUAACAGCAUACAACUUCUUACAGAAGAAUGAUUUGAAUCCUAUGUUUUUGGAUCAAGUGGCUAAAUUUAUUAUUGAUAACACAAAGGGUCAAAUGUUGGGACUUGGGAAUACCAGUUUUUCAGAUCCAUUUACAGGUGGUGGUCGGUAUGUUCCAGGCUCUUCCUCUGGAUCGUCUAACACAGUGCCUACAGGAGCAGACCCUUUCACAGGUAGUGGUCGUUACGUGCCAGGUUCUGCAAGUAUGGGAGCUACCAUGCCUGGAGUUGAUCCCUUUACAGGAAAUAGUGCCUAUCGAUCAGCUACAUCUAAAACAGUGAAUAUUUAUUUCCCCAAAAAGGAGGCUGUCAGUUUUGAUCAGGCAAACCCUACACAAAUAUUAGGUAAACUGAAGGAACUUAAUGGAACUGCACCAGAAGAAAAGAAGUUAACUGAGGAUGACUUGAUUCUUCUUGAAAAAAUACUGUCUCUAAUAUGUGAUAGUUCUUCAGAAAAACCCACGACCCAGCAACUGCAGAUUUUGUGGAAAGCUAUUAACUGGCCUGAAGAUAUUGUCUUUCCUGCACUUGACAUUCUUCGGUUGUCAAUUAAGCAUCCCAGUGUGAAUGACAACUUCUGCAAUGAAAAGGAAGGGGCUCAGUUCAGCAGUCACCUUAUCAAUCUUCUGAACCCAAAAGGAAAGCCAGCAAACCAGCUGCUUGCUCUCAGGACUUUUUGCAAUUGUUUUGUUGGCCAGGCAGGACAAAAGCUCAUGAUGUCCCAGAGGGAAUCACUAAUGUCCCACGCAAUAGAACUGAAAUCAGGGAGCAAUAAGAACAUUCACAUUGCUCUUGCUACAUUGGCCCUGAACUAUUCUGUUUGUUUUCAUAACGACCAUAACAUUGAAGGGAAAGCUCAGUGCUUAUCUGUAAUUAGCACAAUCCUGGAAGUUGUACAAGACCUCGAAGCCACUUUUAGACUUCUUGUGGCUCUUGGGACACUUAUCAGUGAUGAUACAAAUGCUGUACAAUUAGCCAAAUCUUUAGGCGUUGAUUCGCAAAUAAAAAAAUAUGCCUCAGUAUCAGAACCAGCUAAAGUAAGUGAAUGCUGUAGACUUAUCCUAAAUUUGCUGUAACAUUGGGGAAGAGGGCUGAGAUUUUAAAUUGAUUAGUGUUUUUUUCCUCACAUUUUACAUAACUGAUGAUAUGAUGAAAAUAAAAAUGCUGUGGAUUAAGAAAAGUUUCAGAUCUUGUAAGGGGGAGGGUGAAACAAAGGAAUAAUAAAAUUUUUGCACUGAUGACUGUGAGAUUUUCCUGUGUAAUGUGGGUAGGUUUUUAAGACCUUGUAAACAAAUUAAGAAUGAACUAUAAUCAACAAUCUUAGUGGCAUAAUACCUUAGCUGCACAGGAGCAGGCACAAGGGCUUUUAUUUAUGCAAUAUAGUUUCUCUUGUGCCCUAAACUGUUAACUUACUGGUUAUCUCUACUUUUUGUUCUAUGCAUUUUCAUUCCUGAUUUCCUUCAACAGUACAGACUCAGUUCAAAGUCUUAUUUUAUGAUGACGCCUUUACAAAAAAUUUAUGAUUUUUGUUAUAUAGUAUUUCGUAUAUAAUUUAUAUUACAUAUAAAUAAUUUUGUAAAUAGAAAAUGUAUUUGAUAGAUCAUUUUUAGAUGAAGCAAAAGGAAAUGACUUCAGCUGUGUUAGGUUGUGUAUCAAUUCAGAUUGACUUCAAGUUAACUGUACGUCGAUAUAUGACUCAGUUUAUUAUACUUCAUUCUUAGAAGUAAUGUUAAUGUUCAUUAGUCUUAAUUUUUUGUUUAUUUUUUGGUCAUUUUUAUUCUUAAAGGGGGUUUAGAAUGUGUUGCACUUAUUAGGCAGUUGUGCAAGAAAACAUCUAUCAAACAAAGCCAUUUGCAUGUCCAGAGCCUUUCAUGUGAAAUUAGUAUUUUGGAGCCCCUAACAUGGUCCAGGCACUGUGAUUAUCAUUUUGAUGUUAAAUUGUCAAAACCCCUUAAGUGAAGAGUGGUAUCAGUAUUUAUGAAAGUAAGGAUAAUGAAAUGAAUCGUGGUAGGAGGGGAAAGAAAAGUACAGGCAUGCUAUAUUUUCAAGAAAAGGAAAUCACAGAAUUGUAUCUGACAACUAACAUAAUGGUUGGGAAAAACAACCAUUAAAUCCAGAAAAAAUUUUGAACUCUCAAAGCAAGUAGGUAAAGUACAAGAGGAUUUGUACUUUACUAUAUAUUAAAUUGUGACUUUCUGGUGUGUAGCCAAACUUGAAAUACUCUGUGGUCUCAGUAGGACCCUUUAGUGUUAUUUUUAUUUUUUUGAAUUGGGAUUUAGGUUGUCAAGACAAUUUUAAAUGGCAAAAAUAAGAGGUUGAUUCAGGGGCCGGAGAGAGUACAGUGGGUAAGGCUCUUGCCUUGCAUGUGAUCGACCCAGGUUGGAUCCCUGGCACCCCAUAUACACGCCCCCCCCAUCCCCGUCAGAAGUAAGCCCUGAGCAUCACUAGUUGUGACCCCAAAACAGUUGAUCCUGGUCCUUCUGGUUCCACUGCUAUACAGUGCUUUUGUGGUAUAUACAAAGUCUAGCAUGUGAUUACAAGUACAAGCAAUUUUGGUAGGAUUUUGAAAAUAUUAGAUAUCUUUGAGCUGUAAAUCUUGGUUAAGAAUCUUGAGUUUACUCUUUAAGGGAUUGGGCUGAAAAGAUAGUUCAAAGAGCAUAGAACUUGAAUUGCAUACAGGAGGUCUGGGUUCUAUCCCUGUCACAGCAUUGUCUACUUAGCACUAUCAGGAGCAACACCUGAUAGUGUGUGUUCCAAAAUAAAUGUUUUUUUUUUAAAUGUACUGGGUUGUAAAUUGUAAAACAUUUACUUCCAGAAUGUGAGUUGUUUGUAAAAACAUUUUUGUAUCACUUCAUGUUUUAUAGUGAACUAUUGCAGUCUGCAGUUUAGCUAAAGGAAUAUACUAAAAAUAAGAGCAUUGAAAGACGGCUUACUGAUAUUUAAUUUUUUUUUAAUUUUAUGUGGUUUUCUUUGUUUUCUUCUGAUUGUAAAAAUGAAUACAUUUGCUGGACAAGACAUACACAAAAAGAAUUAAAAUUGCCUGUAAUUCCACCA